AUGCGUUUAAAAGGGAAAAAUAAUACAAAAUCGUUUCAAAGCGUCUACAAGGUGCUCUCGCGUAUAUGCCGUAAGUGUAGCCUAUAUCUCGUUUUUCAAUUAAUUAAAUUGUCUGUCGCCUGCCUUGAAGUAAUGUGAUUAUUACAUAAACAUAACAGUUGAAACUUAUUUAAUUAAGAUUAAUUACUGCCUUUUUUAUUUUUCUUAUAUUAAGUUUUAGACGAUUCAAAUUUUUUUAUAAUUCUCAAAAAAUUGCCUUAAUUUUAUAAUGAAUAAAUUUAUUGACAAAUGAAUUGUAAUUAACUGUGACUUUAAGAGACUAUUAAAAUUACAUGAAAUUGGAAAGAAUUAAAAUUAUGUUGUUUUUACUUGAAGUAUUUAAAUACGAAUGAUGGAUGGAGAUAAUUGUUUCAUUAGGAACUGCAGAUAAAGGACAACUUGAUGGUUUCAUGGCGGAUGGAGCAGUACCGCCAAUGAAGAAUGGCCAUAACUGUAAUAAUACUAUGGGUUUCGCAACGCAACCAGUAAAACAAACAUCUGAUGUUUCUAAUACUGUUUACGCCGUGGGGCAAUAUGCUCCAAAGGUUUUAAGGAAUUUAAAUGCCCAAAGACUAAAAAAUCAAUUUAGUGAUGUAGGUUUGGUUGCUGGUGGUAGCAUUAUCAGAGCACAUAGAUCAGUUCUGGCAGCAGGAAGUGCUUAUUUUAAUGCUAUGUUCACUGGUGGUUUGGUAGAAGAACAGCAGGAGUUAGUAGAAAUUCAUUCAGUAUCAGCUAACAUUCUUUCUCUCUUGGUGGAUUUCAUUUACACUGGGAACGUUGAUAUUACCCAGGACAAUGUUCAAGAAUUAUUUGCAGCUGCUGAUAUGCUAGAAUUAGAUGAAGUAGUGUUUGGUUGCAUUACCUAUUUAAAACAGCAACUGCAUUAUUCGAACGCCCUUGGGAUUUAUAGAUUCGCAGAAGCCCAUAACAGAUUAGAUCUUUUGGAAACUGCCCUACGCUUUAUACAAGUCAAUUUUCCUCAAGUAUCUCAGGAGGAGGAAUUUUUGGAUCUGCCGAAAGAACAUCUUGUUCAUUUUCUCAGUAGUGAUUAUAUUCAUAUUGAUACUGAAUUCCAGGUCUUCCAAGCAGCAUAUAAUUGGAUUGUUCAUGAUAUACCAACAAGAAGAUGUUAUGUAUUUGAAAUAUUAAGUCAUAUACGUUUACGGCUGUGUUCAUUAGCGAGAUUGGAACGAGUUAUUCUGGAAUGUAAAGACGCGAGUCUCAUUGUUGCAUUAAGGUCUAUACAAAAGGAUUUAGUAUCAAAUAAAGGAUGUCUUGUGCCUCUUCACGCACAACCCAGACUUUGCGCUAAAAAAAACAUUUUAGUGAUUGGCGGAUCACGACGUGAACAUUCAGCAGAUAGUUGGGGUAGAGCUGCUGAAAGUACUUAUGAAACAAUUGAAAAAUAUGAUAUAUUUACUGGUGAAUGGAGUGAAGUAGCGCCAAUUGGUAUAGGGCGAAUACUACCAGGAGUUGCAUUAUUGGAUGGUAAAGUUUACGUUGUCGGCGGAGAACUUGAAUCAUGUAUUAUUGCUAAUUGCGAAUGUUACGAUCCACGUGAUAAUGUAUGGACUUCAAUUGCUUGUAUGGAAGAACCUAGAUGUGAAUUUGGACUUUGUGCCUUGGAUAAUAGCUUAUAUGCAUUUGGUGGUUGGGUUGGUGAAGAUAUUGGUGGAUCGAUAGAGAUAUACGAUCCAAUAACUAAUUCUUGGACACUUGAUGGACAACUUCCUGAACCCAGAUUCAGUAUGGGAGUAGUUGCUUAUGAAGGAUUAAUAUACGUAGUCGGUGGUUGUACGCAUAAUAGCAGGCAUCGCCAAGAUGUAAUGAGUUACAAUCCAGUAACACGAGAGUGGACUCAUUUAGCUCCAAUGCUCACCCCGCGUUCACAAAUGGGAAUUACUAUUCUCGAUGGAUAUAUUUAUGUUGUUGGUGGUACUAAUAAAAAUCAAGAAGUUUUAACGUCCGUUGAACGAUAUUCCUUUGAAAAGAAUAAAUGGAGUACUGUUGCAUCUAUGAAUAUGGGUAGAUCAUAUCCUGCAGUUGCAGCAGCUGAUAGUAGACUUUAUGUUAUAGGAGGUGAUCAGUCUCAGGAAAUCAAUUUUUAUCGAACGCAAAUUACAAUUUCUACUGUUGAAUGUUACGAUCCCCAUUCGAAUAAAUGGCAUGAAUGUGCUUCGUUGCCGACAAGUAGAGGCGAAGCGGCGGCAAUCGUUGCACCUUUUUGA